AUGGAACAAGUAGAGCUGAGUGCCUAUGUGCAGAAGGCCAGCUUGCAGAAUGUGCCCUUUGGGCAUUUACACUGGCUAAAGGCGUUUUGCGAUGGGCAGCGUCCUGAGUGGACAUUUUAUCCAAGGUUUAGCAGUAACAUCCACACCUACCAUGUUGGAAAGCAGUGCUUCUUUAAUGGGGUCUUCCUUGGCAACAGGAGGUCUCUAUCAGAGUGGACGGUGGCCAAGUGUCUCGGGAGGAAGAAAUAUGAUAUUGAUUCCAGGAAUGGAAUUCCAAAGUUAACUCCAGGGGACAAUCCAUAUAUGUAUGCAGAACAGAGUAGAGAUUUUCACAAGGCAGGAUCAACUCUUCCAUCUGUGAAGUUUUCAAGAGUGCCUUAUAAAAAGAAAUUUGAUACAUUUAUUCCACUUGAGCCUCUUCCACCAAUUCCCAACUUGCCUUUCUGGGUGAAGGAGGACGCCAACAAGCUGAAGAAUGAGAUAAGAGAAGUUGAGGAACUUGACAAUUGGCGACCAACAGUGCCCUUUUUACCAAAUUUAUUCCUUUCAGGUUCUUUGGACUUAGGAAGACACUUCUGA